AUGGCUUCUACACCAAGACCCAGUUUGUCGUUCCCCGCCGCGCCCGUCCGAGACCGCGGCAUCGUCUCGUCAGCCUCCGCUGCGAUGAGUUACGAGUUCGACUCCCCCGCCGAGGGCUCGUCGACCCCCCAGCGACAGCCACGCGCCUCUCUCCAGCAGCAGCGCUCGCAACAGACACAGAAGUCCGAGCGCUCGCAGCAGGAGGAGCCGCAGAUGGGCAACACCGCCGUCGCCGUGCGCGACGAGCAGAACCCGUACGGCUACCUCGUCGAGGAAGACGAGGCCGCCAACGCCUCGACCGCCGCGAACGCCUCCGGCAGCGUCCACAGCAGCCUGAACUCGCACACCGGGCCCGCCGCCAAGACGGCGAAGAAGAAGCGCAGCAUCCUCGCGCGCCUCCGCCAACUCGCCUCCAAGGCUAAGCCCUCAGCUUCCGCCAAGGACCGCAAGAAGGAGCCGCCGCCUCGCGUCUUCGUCACCCGCGAGGUCGCCGUCGCCAGCGAGCCUGCCCCUGCCCCGCAGCCUGCCCCGCUGACCACCACCACCACCACCACCACCAACUCCAACGUUGUCGCGCCGUGGGAUGAGCCCGCGCCCGAGGUGGUCGCUCAGAUGAGCCGUGCCGGAGCCGCCGCCCCCGCCGCCUCUUCUGCUGCCACCGAGGACAAGAAGGGGAAGAAGUCGAUCUUCAAGCCGGGAACCUGGUCGCGAUUCCAUCGCCAGUAG